GCCGUUUUUCGUUUACAUUCCGCUGUGUUCUGUCAUAAUUUAAAUCGGUGAUUUUUGUCGCUUUAUUUUUCUUUAUACUUUGUUUCAAGUUUUAUGUAUAUUCUUUACAAUGAGUACGUUGGAAUCGUCGGUCUCGAUAGGGCCAGAUUCGAAGUUUUACAAAAUGAAGCAACUGGUGAAUGCCAUUCAGCUGUAUUUUCAGACGAAAAGGGAGGACACCGCUAUGGUUAUCAACAUGCAUUUGCAGAGCCUUAGCGUGACAAUCGACCUCAGCAUCUUCGACCCCCACUCCACCAUCGCGCCGCAGUUUUUUGUAAGCUUGUACGAACUCAUGAACAAGAUGGAGCAAAGAUCCUCCUUCGCUUGGAACUGCGUGGACGUCCUCUCCAACAUCUGCCGAAACCCGCCCGCCCGUCAAGCCCUAAUCCACACAUACCAAUUCGUGCCCAGCCUCUCCAGACUCCUAAGCGACCAGCUAUCGAACGAAAAAAAAAUUCGACUACUCCGACUGAUGCAAGACCUCACUUGCGGCAUAAAGAUCUCGUGGCAAAUACCGCACUUGCCUCACCUAAUGGUCACCCUAAGCGAGUGGAUCGAGAACUCGAACGAGGAAAUCAUCACUCUAUCGAUGGGGAUUUUGGUAAAUUUGUGCUACAAAAACCUGCCGGCGAUUUACACGUUGUUGGGGAACGUCGACGUUAAGAAGAUUUUGCAGAUUUGCUCGGCGAUGAGUGGACCCACUAUUGAAAUUCACACCUGCAAGCUUUUGAUUUUUUUGGACUACAUGAACGGCGACAUCCCCGAUAAUAUUCUCCUGAAAGUCAUAAAGGUGACUUUCGAAUCCGUCAUCGAAGCGUAUAGGAUACGCGACUCGAUUCUGCUGCGACAAGUCGUCGAGUUUUUCCUCGACAUGGGGAAGCAAAACUCCUUGGAAAAUCUAGUCAAAAACGAGCGCUACGACCAGCAACUGGCGGCGUUAUUAGAUAUCGUCCAAAACAACCACUCCAUGGAAACCGGCGACAGUAACGUCGAAAAUCGGGACCCCGAGUGUAUUAGCCUAGUAUUCGAAUUCCUAAAUUUCCUUAUCCAGCUCCGGCUUCCCGCCGUCACUUCCAUGUACGCCGGCCUUAUCCAGUUAGCUUUAAAGUGGAUCCACACGGACUUAGUCUCCUCCCAGGCUUUGGCCGUGUUGAAAUCCGUUGCGGUAAAUGUGGAUAAAAAUGACAACGGAAUACUAGAGCCCCUUGUACAGGGUCUUCCGAUUUUUUUGACCACGCUAGACUGCAGUCGGAAUGAGGACGGGCCGGAGUACCUUGAGCAAAAUUUGAAGAUCGCGGGGUUGUUCCAGUUGCUGAAGAUAAUGGCGCAGGUGCCGUCGAUCAGGCCGAAGAUUUUGGAGGACUUGAAGCUGGCGACGGUGUGUAAGAUUUUCGGGUGUCUGCAGGACGUGGAGGAGCCGGUGAAGGCUAAAGCGAGCGAUUUGGAUAUGGCCAACGUGGAGACGAUUAAUUUGUACGUGCAUGGGAUCGCGCUGGUGAACGAGUUGGCCAAGUAUGACGCGUCGUGGAUGAAUUUACAGGGAAAUGUGAUGGCCAACAAGCAAACACAAAUGAUCCUGGCCCAAUGCCUCUGCCAAAGCUCCCGAGACGAAAAAACCAUUGUCUUAGAAAUGUCAGCCCUCUCCUCCUUCCCCCACAAAGCCGUCGCCGAAAUCAUGACCUCCCUCCAAGUGACCACCCUCCCCGACCUCAAACGCACCUCCUCCUCCAGCGUACACACCCAAGACCUCAACUUCCCCGUCCUCUCCGUCACCCAAAUCAACAAAAUCGACACCCUCCUGACGAAACUCCGCGAAGUCUUCGCCCAGAAGCAGUUCAGCUCGGUCCUAACCUCCGACGUCAUAGAAUUAUACGAGUACAAACUAGCGUCCAUGGGUAACGCAGAGCGCGCGGCGAUGGCCAGCGUGGAAGCGGCUUCAGAGAGGUGCACCCACCUCCAGCACAGAAACGCGCAGUUGUCGGCGGAGUUGAACAGGUCGCACCAACUGCUGUAUCACGUCCAGCAGUGCCACGAGCAGGUCUCGAAGUUGAAGGAGUCGCUGGAGGAGAAGGUGCACACGUUCAAAACGCAGAUUGACGUUGAUAAGGGGAAGAUGAAGGCGUGUAAGGGGCAGUUGGAGCUGAGGAAUGAGGAGUUGAACGAGUGCAGGGGCGAGUUGGAGGUUUUGAAGAAGAAGUACGAGAAGAGUGUGGAAGGGAGGAGGGAGAUGGAUGAGCAGAAUGCGCAUUUGAAGCAGCUGAUUGGUAGGUUGGAGGAGAGUUCGACGAAGCUGGAGAAGGUGGUGCAGAAGAAGGAUGAAGUGUUGAAGAAGACGAAUUAUACGGUGAACAGCUUGAAUUCGAAAGUCGCCGAAUUGGAACAGAAUCUCACGCAAAAGCAAACCGAAUUGCAGCAGACGAUGGUGGAACUCAAAGACGUCACCAAAGAGCUCAACACCAGGAAGCAAAUCUUAGAAACGAUAACGAAAUUCGCCCUAAAUUCACAGAUUACCGAGCAAUAAUUUAAGUUUUAAGAUUUUACAAAAUAAUUUAACUUUUUAUAAUAAAAGAAAUUUAUGAUG